AUGUCGUGGCUUCUGGCAGAUAUGAAGAAGAAAAUGAACGACGCGAAAUCCACGAUUGAACAAAGUUUGAAGCAAGUAUCUGAAAGUUCAACGACGGAAUCUCCGAAAUCAGAAGAGGAAAAAGGGGAAAAGGAAGUGGAAACCCCACAAGAGACUCCUGCUGUAGAAGAGCCAACGUCCCCACAAGAAUCCGCCACGGAAAGUGCCAAAAAAUCGAUGGCUGCUCUAUUUGGUGGACUGAAAGUUGGUGGUGGAGUGGCUUCAAGUAAGCUGUUCGAGUAUGCGAAGGAUGCUGGAAAGAAACUCGGAGAAGUCAAGAAUGCAGUUAUAGAGAAUACAAUGCUCGGAGACCUCAACAAAGAGCAGGAUGAAUUCGAGAAGCAACUCCAAGAAGAGCGCGAGAAACUGAAAAAUAUCGAUAUGCCAUGGCAAGGACUGCCUGAUGAGAAUCUCGCCAAGAAGCAGAUGCUCUCUUUGUCAACGGAUACUAGAAAUUUUCUUCGUGACUCGCCUGCAAACAGUGAGUAUUCGUAUGAUCAGCAACAAGCGAUGGCCGCUUUACUACUGAAAGAAGACCCGAAUCUGGCAAAUGUACGAUUCCAAUUGGUACCGAAACAAGUGAAAGAGAAUCAGUUCUGGCAGAACUACUUCUACCGUAUCGGUCUCAUUCGUCAGUCGAUGUUGGCUCAAGGAACGGGAAGAAUUAGUCCGACUGUGUUGGCUGCAACAGCAACAUCGACUACUGAAGAGAAGAAAGCUGAGGAACCGAAGGUUGAGCCCAUCUCGGUUGAAGUUCCAGAGGCUUCUGUGAAAGUGGAAGAACCACCAAAGAUUGAGAAGAAAGAAGAAGAAGUUGAGGGAAAUACGACAAAUGAUGAGAGCUGUGAAGAUGAAGACGACGAAGAAGUGAAAGAGACGGUGUCCGAGCAACCAUCAGCACCCGGAGAGCAAACUUUGACUAGUGUUGACGAAGAAUGGGAACGAGAAAUCCUCGCGGAUCUCAACGACUACGAAGAUGUUGUUGAAAAGACUGGAGGAAAAGAUGAAGACGCAUGGGAAGCUGAAAUUCAAGAACUCCUUAAUGCUGAAUAA